ACACGCACGCGCUCUGAUUGCGUCGAGUCUUUGGGAGAGAAAAUCCAAAUUCUGGGAGCGGAGAUUGAAAGAGCUCAGAACUCUGGAGAGAGAAACCCAAAUGUGCUGAUGCCCCCAUGGCUUUGAUGGAGAGAGAACCCUAGAGAGCGAAUACGAUACGUGUCGCUGCUCAAAACCCUAAUGUGUUGACCAUUGGAGAAACCAUCGGCGCCGCGCCCACUCUUGGAGGUAAAUCUCGACUUUACAUAGGAGAGGGAACCUGAAAUUUUAGAGAGAGAGAGAAAUGGCUUUCGAGGGUGUGGGAGACAUGGUUCUUCACCUGAUCAUAGAGAAAUUAGGGCCAAAACAAACGGCCGCCAUAUCCUGUCUGAACAAGCAUUUUAAGGCAGUGGCCUCAGAUGAAGUCAUUUGGUCUCAGUUUUGCUCCUCAGAUUUCCAAAUUUCUACACCUCAAGAUCCUCUGGGCAAACCCUGUUCUUCAUUUAAGGAGGCAUACAAAUUGUGGAACAAAGAAUUUGGUAUGUAUCCAUGGCCUCUUGUAAGGAGGGUCAAACUUUGUUUGGAUGCUAUCAAAACUUGGGUGUCAGAGAAUUUCCAAGAAGCUGCAAGUACUUUGCAGAAAGGUGCAUCUGAGGCUGAAUUAGAAGCGGUUGAGGAAGCCCUUGGAGUGAAAUUCCCUCUUCCUACACGUGUGUUUUAUCGUUUCUGUAAUGGACAGGACACUGGGCGUUGUUUUUCAGAUUUCAAGGAAGAUCCAUGCUUAUUGGGCCUCAUUGGAGGCUAUUGCUUUUAUGACUAUUCAGUUGAUGUGCAUCUGCUGCCCUUGAAUGAAAUUGUCACUCAAACCAGGCAUCUUACUCGCCGCAUUAGAUUCUCUAGAAAGCGAAAACUCAUUGUUGUUGCCUCUUCCUGUAACCUGAGGAAGAUAUUUUUCCUCGAUUGCACGGAUGGUUUACUCUAUGUUAACACAAAAUAUCGUAAGGUAGAUAUAAAUUUGAUGGCAUGUGUGCCUGGUGCCUUGGUAAAUACUGUGCAUGCUCUUGAUAGCGGUGAUCAACAAGAUGGGAUGCUACUAUGGCUUGAAGAAUUUGCUAGGCGCUUGCAAAGUGGUGUUAUUGGGGUUCGUGAGGAGAACAAUGCUAGAAGUAUAUGUCUAUAUCCAGAGACACCACCAUUGUGCUCCACUGCAGUGACCCGAGGAGUUCAGGUUCGGGCCUCUGCUGUGUUUGUCCCGGAGUUGAGCGAUCUUGACCAGCCAAUGAACAAGUAUUUAUUUUCCUAUUCUAUUCGAAUGCACUUGCUACCUCUUGAAAACUCUAGUGGAAACCCUAUGAGCUCUUGCCAACUCUAUUGGCGGCAUUGGAUUAUCCGUGCAAAUGAUGCAAUCAUAUCUGAUGUUAGCGAUAAAGCUGUGAUUGGAAAGCAUCCUCUCUUGCGUGAAGGUGGUAAAGAAUUUGUAUAUCAGAGUUGCACCUCAUCACCGCUGCCUUCGGGGUCUAUAGAAGGAUCUUUCACAUUUGUUCCCGGCAGGCUGAACAAUCCCCAAGGUGGACAAUUUGAUGCCGAAGUAGCUCAGUUUCCCCUCGAGUUACCAGACUACAUCUUCUGAUCAAAGUGUUUUGACAUGGGAAGGAGGAUUGGAUUCUACCUUGUCCAACUCAUUGUCAAGACAAAGUAUUGUCAUGUUAGCACUUAUAGCGUACUCCUCCUGGGGCACAUUGUAUACAUACUCCUUUGCGAAAUGAAUUGCUUAGGAGGAUUCUCUUGAUCUGAAAUUUUAGGAUCACUCUGGAAUCACCAUAUGAGUAUUUUCAAGACAAAGGGAUUCGAUUUUGAGUUUGUAAACCUUCUAGGGACACAGAUUGCGUAUGAAUUUCGUUUUCUUUUGUGAGGUUGAUUAUGGGUUGAGGAGAUUACAUUCCCAAAUUUUGGCUCCUAAAGAUACCUCAAGAAUGAUGUAAUCAUGGGUUUGCCCUAAAUCAGGUGCUGAUGGUCUUGUGGUUUUGAAAUCCUCGCACUCAAAUAGUGUAGCUUUGAGUUCUUCAUCUAAAGAAGCCUCUUAUAUGGUUGUUAUUGUAUCGGUCACUGGUCAGAUGUUACCCCUGUUUCUCUGGAUAGUGAGUUUGGGUCUAUAGAUAGACACAUGAAGACGGGUGUGCAUAGUUUUAUGUGUCAAA